AAGAAAAACAUCCCAGGGUUCGCAACAGGAAAAUGUUCACCCGGCUUGUUUGCAUCAGUGAUUAUGAACAACAUGCUAAAUCCAUACUUCCAAAGUCUAUAUAUGACUAUUAUAAAUCUGGGGCAAAUGAUCAGGAAACCUUGGCUGAUAAUACUGCAGCAUUUUCCAGGUGGAAGCUUUAUCCACGACUGCUCCGGAACGUUGCUGAAAUAGACCUGUCAACUUCUGUUUUAGGGCAGAGAGUCAGCAUGCCAAUCUGCGUUGGGGCUACUGCCAUGCAGUGCAUGGCUCACGUGGAUGGGGAGCUUGCAACUGUGCGAGCUUGCAGGUCACUGGGAACGGGCAUGAUGCUGAGCUCCUGGGCCACCUCCUCAAUUGAAGAAGUGGCAGAAGCUGGUCCUGAGGCACUUCGCUGGCUGCAGCUGUACAUCUACAAGGACCGUGAGGUUACCAAGCAGCUGGUGCGGCGGGCUGAGUGGAUGGGCUACAAGGCCAUAUUUGUGACGGUGGACACACCUUACCUGGGCAACCGCUUCGAUGAUGUGCGUAACAGGUUCAAACUGCCACCCCAACUCAGAAUGAAAAAUUUUGAAACCAAUGAUUUAGCAUUUUCUCCCAAGGAAAAUUUUGGAGACAACAGUGGACUUGCUGCAUAUGUGGCUAAAGCAAUAGACCCAUCUAUCAGCUGGGAGGAUAUUAAAUGGCUGAGAAGACUGACAUCCCUGCCCAUUGUUGCAAAAGGCAUUUUGAGAGGUGAUGAUGCCAGGGAGGCAGUUAAACAUGGUUUGGACGGGAUAUUGGUGUCAAAUCAUGGGGGUCGACAGCUCGACGGGGUGCCAGCCACUAUUGAUGUUCUGCCAGAAAUUGUGGAGGCUGUGGAAGGGAAAGUGGAAGUCUUCCUGGAUGGGGGUGUACGGAAGGGGACCGACAUUCUGAAAGCUCUGGCCCUGGGAGCCAAGGCUGUGUUUGUGGGGAGACCGAUCAUUUGGGGCUUGGCUUCGCAGGGAGAGAAAGGCGUUCAGGAUGUCCUUGAGAUACUGAAGGAAGAAUUCUGGUUGGCCAUGGCUCUUUGUGGGUGCCAGAAUGUGAAAGUCAUCGACAAGACAUUGGUGAGGAAAAAUCUUUUGGCUGUUUCCAAGAUCUGACAGUGCACAAUAUUUUCCCAUCUGUAUUAUUUUUUUUUUGGUGUGUAUUACUUGACAAAGAGACACUGUGCAGAGGGUGACCACAGUCUGUAAUUCCCCACUUCGAUACAAAGGGUGUCGUUCUUCUCCAACAAAAUAGCAAUCCCUUGCUAUUUUAAGUUCAUUGCUUUUGACUUUUCAAUGAGUGUCCUAGGAACGUUUUAGAAAGAAAUGGACUUGCAUCCUGGAAAUAUAUUAACUGUUAAAAAGAAAACAUUGAAAAUGGAUUUAGACAACGUCGUCCCCUGGCAGCCUCAUGUGCUACAAAACAAAAGAUAUCCUUGGGUGAAAUUGGAGGUAGCUAGUGCAGAGGUAAAAAGAUAAUGAUCUCCCUGUUUAUUAACCUGCAUUGUGUGUGGAUAUCCCUAAAACCGUGUUCUUAAAAUCUAAGCGCAGGUUCAGAAGGCUGGAUGUGCCUGGAGAAACAGGAGAUUUGAAUUCACAACAUUAGGGAGAUAGCACUUGAGAGAAUUGGGAUAAGUUGGUGGUAAUUUGUGAUUUUUCUAGAUACUUUUUAACACCAUGGGCUAUUCUACUUCUUUGAAUGUAGAUUUCCAUUCAUAUCUUUAGUAUCAGAAUAUAUCUGAGUAUUUUAUGAUAUAGAUUGCUUCUUAUUCAGAGAGAAAUAAAGCGUUUUUUGAAAAGAA